ACCACAGUGCCGUCCAGUAUGGAGCUUUUCGAGACCAACCCUUAUUUUUUCCCUGACCAGCGCUUCUAUGAAGGAGGGGACAACUAUUUCCCCUCUCGCUUGCCCGGGGGGUACGACCAAGGCGGCUACCAGGACAGGAACUCCAUGAUGGGUUUGUGCACGAGUCUGUCUGGGGGUGUUGGAGUUGGGGUCACUGGAACAGAGGACAAAGCCUCUCCGUCCAGCAUGUCACCUCACUCCGAGGCCCACUGCCCGGGCCAGUGCCUCCCUUGGGCCUGUAAGCUUUGCAAAAGGAAGACAGUGACCAUGGACCGUCGGAGAGCGGCCACGAUGAGAGAGAAGAGGCGCCUGAAGAAGGUGAACGAGGCCUUUGAAGCUCUGAAGAGGAGCACCCUGAUGAACCCCAACCAGAGGCUGCCCAAGGUGGAGAUCUUGCGGAGCGCCAUCCAGUAUAUCGAAAGGCUGCAGGCCCUGGUGUCUUCCCUCAACCAGCAGGACACUGAGACAGGACAGCAGGGACUGCACUACCGACCCAGCACGGCUCAGGCCAGAGUGUCGUCGUCAAGCGAGCCCAGUUCAGGCAGCACCUGCUGCAGUAGCCCGGAGUGGAGCAGCACUCCAGAGCAGUGCACGCAGAGCUACGGCAGCGAGGAUCUCCUGAGUGCUUCCGACUCUCCAGAGCAGGGGAACAUGCGUGCGCUGACCUCCAUCGUGGAAAGCAUCUCUGCAGCGGAUGCAGCCGUGGCCUUUCCUGUGGACAUUCCCAAAUAG